AGUACACUAUGAAACAGCCAGCCAAUCAGAUUCUUAGAUUCUCCAGUACGGGGCGGGAUGUGAGCUAUUUAGCACUAGCAGUUAGAUUGCGCCAUUCGGCGUGAAAGAAGCUUGCUGCCAGCAGCGUAAACCGCUGUCGGCAGCAAAAGAACCGCACACACAUCUACAAGGCCUCCAGUGACUGACUAGCCUCUUCAGUCUCCAUAGGUUUUCAUAACAUUCCAGUUAGCAGUAGCACACGAGCUCAAAGCGUCAAGCCAAAGACGCGCUGAAACGCUGAGGAAUGAACCAUAAAAGUAAGAAACGGAUCAAAGAGGCGAAGCGGAGCGCCAGACCCGAGCUGAAGGACUCGAGCGACUGGACCAAACACAAUUACUGCGAGAGCUUUGAUCUGUCACACCGGACAGUGAAGGACAAUGUGGAGCGAGUGGACACCCAGCGUCUCAGUCCAGAGGAGUUCAUUCAGCGUUUUGAGAAACCGUAUAAACCCGUCGUUCUGCUGAACUGCCAAGACUCGUGGCCUGCCCGGGAAAAAUGGACCUUGGAGCGCCUCAAGCGCAAAUACCGCAACCAGAAGUUCAAAUGCGGCGAGGACAAUGAUGGCUACUCUGUCAAGAUGAAAAUGAAGUACUACAUGGAGUAUUUGGAGUCAACCCAUGACGACAGCCCCCUCUACAUCUUUGAUAGCAGUUUCGGUGAACAUGCGAAGCGGCGCAAGCUUCUGGAGGACUACCAGGUGCCCAUUUUCUUUAGGGACGACCUCUUUCAGUUUGCGGGGGAGAAGCGGCGCCCUCCGUACAGGUGGAUUGUGAUGGGUCCUGCCCGCUCUGGAACAGGCAUCCACAUUGACCCGCUCGGCACGAGUGCGUGGAACGCUCUGGUGCAGGGCCACAAACGCUGGUGCCUGUUCCCCACCCACACACCUCGUGAGCUCAUCAAGGUGACACGAGAGGACGGGGGGAACCAGCAGGACGAGGCCAUCAGCUGGUUCAGCGUCAUCUAUCCCCGCACACAGCAGCCCACCUGGCCAGCCAAGUUCAGACCGCUGGAGGUUCUUCAGCAUCCUGGAGAGACUGUGUUUGUGCCCGGUGGAUGGUGGCAUGUUGUUCUGAAUCUGGACACGACUAUUGCUAUGACCCAGAAUUUUGCAAGCACCACCAACUUCCCCAUUGUGUGGCACAAGACUGUGCGAGGUCGCCCCAAACUCUCCAGAAAGUGGUACCGGAUCCUGAAGCAGGAGAGGCCUGAUAUUGCUGCUUUGGCAGAUAAAGUCGAUCUGCAGGAGUCAACAGGCAUCGCCUCGGACAGCUCCAGUGACUCGUCGUCCUCUUCCUCCUCCAGCUCCUCCGACUCUGAUUCAGAGGCUGACUCGGGCUCUGAGGGCGACGCCAUGACCCAUCGCAGAAAGAAGAGGAGAACCUGUGGCAUGAUGGGGAACGGAGACAUCACAAGCCAGGACGACUGCGUGAGCAAAGAGCGCAGUUCGUCUCGGUGACAUCCCGAGGCCAGGCCAUAAUCGUCUCCUAGACCAUGAAACAUCGCACUCUCUCUGUCUGUCACCCUCAGGAGACUCCUGUCCAUUAGAUAAGAGAUCGCCGCUGUGUCACGUCUGAUAACAAACUCAGCCCUAGUGCGCUUUUAGAGCCAAAUAUCCAAAUGUGUGCUUGCUGGAGGAGCGUUGCUUGAAUGAGUGUGUGGGAGAGAAGGAAACCCCUUCCUGUGUUGCCUUGUCUGAUGUCAGGCUCUGGACAGGAAGCUUGACGUCUCGCCAGCGUCAUUAACCUGCGUUUUUAUAUUUCACUGAGGUUAUGCGCAGAUAUACGUGUGAAAUGUUUCACGACCCAUCUGAGGUAAUACGGUUUGACCUCAUGUAUAAUGUUGCCUUUAGCUCUUUGAUCCUAGAAAAUAGAGUAUUUUAUUACCAAUUCUACAUUAUUCUCGAACUGCACUUAAAUGUGGGUUUCUUGUCUCCGAGUUAGCAGAAAAUUAGCCCAUAGUAAUUAAAACUGUUAAACAGCUGUGAUCUGUGGUCCCUUUUCUCACAAAAUCAUUAAGUCGCAGUAUUUUAGAUUUAAAAUGUCUCUAAAAGACUCAACUUUCAAUUAGAAGCCCUUUACGAAGUCCUACACAUGCACGAAUGAGCAAUUCCUUCUGAUAGCCUAUUAAUUAGUUCCCUCAUUUUAGUAAAUGUUGGCUACGUUGUAUUAAUUCGUAACCUCAUUUUAGUACAAUGUAUGCCAUAGUUUACUAAAAUGAGGGACCUAAAUAAGUCGUGGGAGCGAGUUCUUAAUUCAUGGCGACGAUAAAUUAAUUUUGUCCAUAUGUCAUGUGCGGGGCAUGUGCAUAUUACCUAAAUAACAUUGUUGUUCAGCCAAAAGUUUAAACGCACCUUUCUUCAGUUGGAACUACUGUGAAUGCGCAAAAUGUCCGGAACGUUUAAACUGAUUAAGCAUUCGACUUCGAGUCUAUUAGCAGUUGAAUUCAAUAGUUAAAUUAGCUCAAUGAACUGAAAUACCAGGUGUUUUUCUUUUAUAACCCUUCUGCAUAAGUGAAACACUAGGAGGCGCUAAUGUUUAUUUAUUAUACAGUGCACAAUGAGCCAUGCAAAAGAGGGGGAAAAGCGUGCAAUCAUAAUUCAUGAAAAUCUGCAUUUCCUGUUCAGAAUGGAAAAAGUGACUAGCCUAUAAUGUCUUAAAAUGUUUUUGUAUGUUUUGAAUUCUUUUUUUAACAGAAGGAAAUAGCUUAACUCCAAAAAUGGUAAUCUGUCAUGACCGAAAUGUUUCAAGGCUAUAAUAAUACACUCUGAAAAAUGCUGGGUUAAAUAUAACCCAGCACUGGGUUAAAAAGGGACAAACCCAG